CACUAUAGCUGUGUUCGUGUGCUAUCAUGCGACAACAAACAAAAAUAAUAUAUUAUAAUUGAACUCAUUACUCUAAAAUGGAAUCUAAUCAAAUCGACACGGAACAUUUUCUAAGUGAAGUGCAAAAGUACCCUGUAUUAUGGGAUAUAAACAGUGAGGAUUAUAGAUACCUGAAGAGACGACAGCGCGCUUGGUCUAAAAUAGCUAGUGUAUUCAUAGACCGCUUCGACGACAUCCCGAAUAGUGAAAAAACUAUCUUUUAUAAAAAACUACACGACAAGUGGCGGAAUAUACGGGACUCCUACGUAAAAUCCAAGAGGUCGAACUCGAAGAAGAAUUAUAUGUAUGCCGCUCAGCUUAUUUUUCUCGAUGAAAUCUACAAAAACGAUGACACUAGCAACAAUAUAAAAUCGAUAAAAAAAGAAAAGCGUGAAUUCGAUGACUCGAACGACGCUUGGCCUAGCGACGAUUCAAAUUUGGAAUCCAAAAAGAAAAAGACUGAAGGAAUAGAGUUUGUAGACAGUUUCCCAGAUAUGACUUGCAACACCAUUUUUACGGAAGAGGAUGAGGACCGUUCCUUUUUCAGUUCUCUUUUACCUGCCGUGAGACAGUUCAGCGUGGAUCAGAAACUGGAAUUCCGUAGUGAAGUUAUUAGCAUAAUAAAAAAGAUAAGAGCAGGACUUGAGUCAUAGUAAAAAUGUUCAUGUGAUUUGUCAAAAAACGCGGUGCUACCGUGAAUCCUAUUUUUACCAUACAGACAUUUGUACUUAUGUACCUACCUAUAAUAAGACAUUAUAAAUAGAUAAC